AUGAAACAGGUAGUUGUGUUUGUGCUGGUUGUCACCACUGUGUCUGGGUGUGGCAUGUCCAGCUACCGGCCGGACACCAGCCGUGUGGUGAAUGGGGAAGAAGCCCGUCCAUACAGCUGGCCGUGGCAGGUCUCUUUGGAGUCUUUCUAUCCCACAUGUGGAGGAACACUUAUUGCUCCUAACUGGGUCUUAACUGCAGCCCACUGCAUCACAUUCCACACAUACAGGGUGGUUCUUGCAGAACAUGACAUGAACAAAGAAGAGGGACCUGAACAAUCCAUCAUGGUGGAGAAGAUGUUCAUCCAUCCUAAAUGGAACGACAACUGUGUUUCCUGUGGGAAUGAUAUUGCUCUGCUUAAAUUGGAGAAGAGUGCUGUUGUCAGUGAUAAAGUUCAGCCAGCCUGCCUGCCACAGCACGGGGCCUCUCUAAGCCACAACCAGCCCUGUUACAUCACCGGCUGGGGUCGUCUCUACUCCGGUGGCCCUCGGGCAGCGACACUCCAGCAGGCGCUGCUUCCUGUGGUGGAUUACAGCGUCUGCAGUCAAAGUGACUGGUGGGGCAGUUCUGUUAAAACAACAAUGGUCUGUGCAGGAGGAGACAACAAGUCAGCAUGUCAUGGUGACUCUGGCGGCCCUCUGAACUGUGCGGGCAAAGAUGGCCGGUGGUACGUUGAAGGAGUGACUAGCUUUGUGGACGGACGUGGAUGUAAUACACCGAAAAAGCCGACAGUCUUUACCCGGGUGGCCUUCUUCAUUCCCUGGAUCCAUGAGGUGAGGGAAACAUCCCUAAACCCCAAAAUGAAACACACAAGUAAACAAUCUUAA